UCUUUUUAAAUGAAUUUAUUCCACAAAGAUAUGUCUAGCCAGCAAUACCCUGUUAUCUCUCGUUGUCUGUUUAGCUAAAGCCAUUAAUUAUGCUUUUAAAUGGGUUCAUUUUUGCAAAGUACAAGCGUUACUUAGAUACAGAACCGUGACAUUGAUUUGAAAUGGCUUACGAACUAAACCACCAAUCAUAUGCAAGAUAUUUUUAUCCCUGUGACGUUAUACUUCUCCCGCUUAACAGCGUGCAAUUUGAAUUGCAUAAAAUUUUCUUUCUGACGGAAAGUCGAGCAACUGACGACAUUCUCAGGCUGACCAACGACGAAACGAGUCACUUCGCAGCAAAAGGAUGACCGAAACACGAUAGUUGCUAAAUACCAAUUUUGGUGGCGGGAAGCGGGUGAUGUCGACACACCAACUUUCCUUCUAAUCACGCUUUUGUAGAGAGAGAUUUUCCGUUGAAGAGAUUGCCAUAUUUUGACGGAAAAUUCCGUACACAAGAAAACGAGGAUAUCACCAUGGGAAUUUGGUUCGCCAAACUUACGGGCCAUACAGUUGACGCUUCACGAUCAUUGAAGAACCCACACGUGGUGGCCUCAUACGCCCUGUUUUUUGGUUUCAUCGGGUUCAUUUUAUUGGUGUGGAUCAGUGCGUUUGUUUUGACCAUUGCGAGAAUUUGCAAAAAGUAUUCAAAUGUAAGGAAGCACGACGAAACGCAUCGUACGACAACAAUUGACCUCCAAGUCGUAAAGAAAGUUGUCGGAGACGUAAGAGGCUAUCAGAGCUACCAGCAGGCAGAUAUUGAAAGCGUGGAAUUGUUCUCCGUUUUUUCUUCAGGGGUGUCCAGCGAAACACCAGCCAAGUUAGGAAUCCAGUUAACUGGUGGGCCUAACGUUACCAGAAAUGGCGAACCAGGAAUAUUUGUAGAGAAUGUUAACUGGGGCAGUGUCGCCGAAGGAAAACUGUUCCCUGGAGACAAGAUAAUAGCGAUCAACGAUGUUUACCUGGGAAAAGUAUCUGUAAAGUACGCAAUGGAAGCGAUGCAUGCUAUGAAGCGAGCAGAGGGUCAUUUGACAAUCUCAGUCAAGAGAGCCCAACUUAGAGAGCAAAGGGUCAACGAAGCAUUUUCAAUGUACUGCGACGAUGAAGAUAGAGAAAAGCCAUUUGUAUUCAGUAAGGAACAGGUGGAAGUCUUCGAAGAAGCGUUCUCUAUGUUUGACGCGAAUGGUUCUGGGGUGAUUCAUUAUAAACACUUUUUUCCGCUACUCCGAGACUUAGGCUACAACGUUCACAAAGAACAAGCUUGGUACUACAUGAAUAAAUUGGAAUUAUCAGACAAGCGAAUGAUAACUCUGAAUGAAGUGAUACAGUUACUGGAAGAAGUCACAGCAGAGCAGAAGGAGUUAAAUGAAGUGCAUUCUGUUUACAGCGUGUUCGACCCAGAACAGAAGGGUCGUGUGGCUCUCUGUGAAAUACAUGAUGCUCUGAGCACAUUGUACGGGCAAAAAAUAACCGAGGAAGAAGUAACGGGAAUACUUACUUUUGCAGACGAAGAGAAUAACGGUUUUUGUAGAGAACAAGAUUUUGAAAGGCUGCUUCUACCUUCACUAAAACUUUAUUAGAAUCUCUGAAGAUUUUUAAAAGAAGAAGAAGUGGGUCGAGCCAUUCUUGCGCAGACGCGAACACAAGGGCGAGCUGGCUUUGGGGAUCAAUUUCCCGCCUCUCUCUUGCAGCAAGGAAAAGAAUGAACUACAUACGUUUUAAACUAUGCUUCGAUGGACCCAUGAUAAAAUAACGUUGAAACAGUAGCUAUUAAAAGCUUCUUACGAGCUAAACAAAUCCGAUUUUAUGAAGUGUGCGUUCUCUGAAAUUCUUGAAAAGUCAACAAGCGAAAAAAAAUGUAUUAAUCAACCAGAGCCAUACUGCUUUAUCUUUUUCAUUAUUUUGAUAGAUUAUUAAUUUUUUUUGUAGUUAUAAGACGUGGUAGACCAUCAUAUUUGUAUAACAAUAUUUCAACAUAAGAAAAAUUAUAUUUGGACUCACCAGUCCAAAAAUAAUAAUUUCAGUAAUUGAAAAGAAAAAAAAUUUUAAAAUAAGAAAAUAUAACACUUGGUUUAUAAUAUCAGUUACAUUGUUUAAAGCAUUUUCAUUUCCUCUUGCAGCGUUGUUCAUGAAAUUUCCCCUCUAGUUUAUUUAGAGCAUUGCGCUGUUUUUCAGUCUUAAUUGAAGUUGAUAAAACCAUAAUAAAAUAUAUCUUUCCUAAUCUUA